AUGAAUGAGUCGGAGGAGUUGAAGGAGGGAGAUAAAGCAGAGGAAGGGGAGGUAGAUGAGAUAAAGGACGGGACGAGGAGAUCGAGAAACUCAGGAGGGAUGCAGGAGGUGGAGGUAGAGGAGGAAGAAGUGUUUGAGGAUGCGAUGGAAGAGUUUGAGGAUGCGAAAGAAGGGCAUGGCAUAGAUGCUGAGAAAGACGAGGAAGUAGAGGAGACAAAACAGAUGGAUUGGGACGAAGAGCGUCCAGUGUCCCCUGGGUCCACCGUCACCACGCUGAUGUCCUGCAGCGGACACCUGCCUCCCGCCCACCAGACCAUACGCUGUGGAGACCAGCCUGCGGUGGCACCUGUCCCCCGGGGCCCUGUCGCGCUCCACGGGGCCCCGGUUAGACCUGCUGCCGAACGGCACCCCCUCCCCCAGCCUGGGCGUCCCCGACCACCUGGGACUCUGCGCAACAGAGACGUCCUCACCGAGCUGCUGACAGAGUCAGAGCUGUAUUCCCUGUCGCUCCCGGCAACCACCUCCCUGCGUUGCCGUGCCGACGAAGACGAGGUGGAUUUGACAACGGAGGAACUUCUGGCCAUCCCUAGUGAUGGCUCACUGCCAGUUACCAAGACGACCGCCUACCUCACUGACCUCCGCCACCGCUCCCUCUGUCGCCCGGGCAACUGCUUCAGCCCUCAGCCGGGGGGCUCCUGCCACUCAAGUGGACCACUGGGCGGGGCCAGGGACCGAAGCCACGCCCCCUCACCCAACAAGUGGAGGGACGAAGACAUGGACAGGAAGUGUCUGAGCAGACAGGAAGUGACCCAACUCCAGAACUCACAGUCUGCCGGACCAGUGAUUGGGGCAGACUGCCUUAGCUCCUCCCACUUAUCAGCCUCUUUCCGAGACCUAGGCACCGCCUACUAUCGUCGCAGUUACCAGCCCCCUGGACAUGCCCACUCUGUACAUUGUUCCCACCUCCAAAGCCCAUCUCCCAUUUUGAGAUCACACCACCCCCUAAACAGGAUUGGCCACGCUCAGUGUUGCCACGCCCUGUAUGGUCACGCCAACCCGCAACAGCCAAUGGAUGGCCAGCUGGCUGCGAGCCCAUCGGGAUUCUGGGAAAAAGCAGGUUCCAUACCCCACCGUGUCCCCGCCUGGUUGGACCAACUCCCGGGGAGGACGGGGGCAGUCGAUGAGCGCCGCCUCCUAUUGGCCGGCACAGGACACGACCCCAAAGGACACGCCCCCAUAGGAUGCACCAACACGGGACACGCCCCCAUGGGAUUCACCCACACAGGACACCCCCAUACAGGACCGCUCACACAGAACACGCCCCCACAGGAUACACCCACACAGGACACGCCCCUAGGAUGUCAAUUGAGUCGAACCUAG